GAAGUGAGUACACGCAAAGAUUUAAGUUACCGCAUUAAGUAGAAAAAAUAAAGAUAAUUUUUGUUAUAUAUGUAAUCACAUUGGUGGUGUUAAAUAAUCAUUGUGUCAAAGUAAAACGUGAACAGUUGAAAGUGUUUUGAAAGAUUUUCUUUUAAUUAUUGUAAUAAAACAAUGUAAAGCUUUAAUUACAUUUGCCAAUCAAAGUGUUAAAAUUUAAAUUAGAAAAAAGAAAAUUUUUCUUAAAUUUCUCCCAAGUUGCUGAGAAAAAAAUUUCCAACGAGAUAGUGGUGUGGUAGAUAUUUAAGAAUGAAAAAAAUCGAGGUGAAGACGGCCAUCUUGUUCGGCAGUGGUAGAUUUGCUGAAAAGAGAUGGCAAUACUUCCAAUAACUACCGAACACUACUUUGCCAAUUUACAGACACGACAUUUAGUAGUUGUCAGUUGGAAUCAAGUUCAGCGGCUUUCAGCAGCUUCAUUAGUAAUUGGGAUAAAUAAAUAGCCUACGUGCGCUAGCUUCAAUUCUUUGUUGAUCUUCAAAGCAUCUUAAAAAAAAAACAAAUCAAAAUGUUCGUAUCAACAGUCUCCCGUAUUGCCCCCGUUGCCAGGUCCGCUCUCGUUAACGGCUCCAAGGCUUACUUGAGACCAUUGAGCAGCGCAGUCAUUAGCCAAAGCCAAACCUUGGCCGCUCAGAACACAACCCCAGUUGCUUUACUGCCACAAAUCAGGUCAUUCCAGACCUCCCCUGUCACUCGUGACAUUGAUUCAGCUGCCAAAUUCAUUGGUGCUGGUGCUGCAACAGUCGGUGUAGCUGGUUCCGGUGCCGGUAUCGGAACAGUAUUCGGUUCCCUCAUCAUCGGUUAUGCCAGAAACCCAUCAUUGAAACAACAAUUGUUCUCCUACGCUAUCUUGGGUUUCGCCCUUUCUGAAGCUAUGGGUCUUUUCUGUCUUAUGAUGGCUUUCUUGCUCCUCUUCGCUUUCUAAAGUGUGUAUUUAAGUCCUUAAGAAGACGUUAAAUCUUAUAAUAAUAACAACAACAACAAAAUUAAUUGAUAACAUCUGUACUACAACAACCACAGCUCCAUUAUCUUUAUUGUUUUUAAAAAACAUCCAAGAGUAAUAAAAAAGAAAAAGCAACACUUUUUAUUUAAGUUUAAAACGGAAAUAAAACAAAAUCUAUGAUAAAAAAUUAGAAAAACACGAAAA